AUGGCCCGGGAGAAGCGGCGGCCAGGCCAAGCAGACAGCCUCAGGUGUCGUGUGACCUGUGCCGCCGCCAAAAGCGCAAACCUGCGUCUAGUUCAAGUCGCCCUUGCCGCCUCUGGGGACGGGAGCCGCAUUCAGUUAAACCCAUCCGAAAUUCUCGCAAGGCUCUCCAGGAUUGAGCAGGCGCUCUUUCCCUCUCAUCAUGCGCCCUCUGUACUACUUCAAGUGCCUUCCCCAGCUGUCACCGAUGGAGUUGCAGACGGGGAAUCAACGAAGAAUAACCUGGACUGCCUAUCCACACCAUCCGCCGAAGCGGGCUACCCAGAGGCCCCUGAUGUGCUGCUGCCCCAAGACUGCGGCCAGCUCCAGUUCCAGUUUCAAGUUGCUAAGCCCGUGAGUGCAGCCUAUCCAAGCCUCGCCUCCCAGUGUCCAUGGGGCCCCGAGACAGCAGCGGCAGCGUCAACAGGCGCCCGUUGCGUAGUGCUGCUAGCAAAGGAGGAAUUCUUUGCACUGUUCGACAACUUCGUCGGCAGCUCCAACUUCUUGCCUCGCGCUUUCCACCUGCCUUCGGCGAGGGUGGCCAUCAACAACUUUUUCUCGUCGUCUUCUGGCAAUCACAUCAUUCGUCAGGAUGGCAACCAGACGAGCGUGGCCAGUGUCGCCGCCUUCAUCCUUAGCAUUUGUGCCGCGAGCGCCUUCUUCUGGGAGCCAUCUGCCGCCGCUACAUGCACGCUGUUCUCUUCCAAGGAGGAUGCGUCGAGACAGGCUCGCGCGUGGCUGAGUACGGCCUGGGAACUUCUCGACCAGCUGCGGCAGAUUCCUGGUUCUGCGUCCCUUGUACAAGUCCAGGCCAGCGUAAUCUUAUCAGACCUUAUCUACAACAUGGAGGGAUGCUCAUCUCGCUUUCGCUGCCUGCACUACAGCGCCCUCGCCCUCGCUCGCGAAAUAUCCCUCCAUCUCAUUGACGCGCCCGGCCCAGUCAAAGUCAACGGCUCAGAACAAGAUGGCCAUCUCACAGAAGUGAAGCGCAGGGUUUGGUGGCACAUCGCCUCGACGGACUGGUUGCAGAGUAUCAUGGGCGGGCAGCUCGACAGGACAUACAGCGUCCAGCCCCAGCACAUGAGGGUCAAUCGCCCCUCUAACGUGAACGAGCGCGAUCCAUCGUGCAUCUUGCCCGCCACCAUGGUCACAGACAUGACGUAUCCAAUUCUGCGCACCCGCCUCGCCGAGGCCUGCCGCCAAGUGACCGACGCCCUACCCCUCGGUGCCGGCGACAUCGAUGACCUCCCUUAUGACCGCGUCCUCACCAUCGCCCAGUUAUUCGACGGGGUCUUCACGUCCAUGCCCCCGUGCUUUGCGCUUGGUGCUCCCAUCCCGCCCGAAGCACCCCAUCGAGUCAACAUCGAGCGCCGCGUCAUCCAACUCGCCUUCCAUAGCCGCCGCGCUCGCAUUUUUCGCCCGUUCCUUCUUUCGAAUAAACAUAAGCCUCACCGCGGGCACGCCCAGCAAGCAGAUGCCGAGGAUACAGACCCGCGCUUCGCUAUAUUCCGAACCAUGUGUCUUAGCUCUGCCCGCGCCGUGCUCGCCAUCGGGUCCAGCCUGAUCCGCGAAAGCUUGGGCGAUAAUGGGAAGCGCCGCGGACUGCUAGUCUGCAGUGGGUGCAUCAUCUCCCAUCUGUUUGCUACCUGCGUGCUCCUCAUUGCCCAUCCGGCGCUAGCACCCCACGGCGGCGAUGCGGGCAAUGCCGGCGAUAGCGAGGUGUCGGAAGAAGCUGAGACAAUUCGCACCGAGCUGGCGGACGCACGGCGGCUGCUGGAGAAGGUAGCUGAGAUCUCGUCGGCAGCAGGAAAUCUGGUCCGGAAGCUCAUUGGCGUGCUGGGAAGACAUCGUGCCCUUGCAGAGGAAGCCGCUGGUAUCUCCACACACGGACCAGGGCCGACUACAAAAAGGGUAUACGCCUCGGGGACGUCGACGACGAACCGCGAUCUUGUAAACCAGGGGUCGGACUAUCUUGCAACCGCUGCUUCUGGCAAUACCCUUGCUCUUCCUACUCCACCAGCAACGUCGUUCGAGAAGUCUCAGCAAGCAAGUUGGAAUGGGCAACAACGGGUUAGAACUCAUAGCAACUUUGGACUACCGGAGUUUUCUGGAUCAUGGGAUUCCACUGGCGACUUCGGCAGCGAGUCUCACUCCCAACCUCCGCCGCUUGGUUUACUAGAAGAUAUCGAAUGGGCCGAUCUCAUGAUGAACACCUCAUCGUUGGCUGUCGGUGUUGACGGAUGGAACCAGCUGUUUGCGGACCUCGAUGCAGCUUUUCCUCAGGCUGCCCCACUCUAA